UGAAGGCGAAUGACAAUGGCGCUGAGCUCGGAGCCCUUGUCGGAUCGCUCGGUCAAGCUAGCGGUGUUACUAGCCUUCGCUUCGGGAGUGGUGGUGGGAUGGCAGGCGAACAGAGCGCGGAGGUAUUACCUCAAGUGGCGGAAGCGGCGGCUGCAGGACCAGCUAGCAGCCACGCAGAAUAAGUUGGAACUCGCGUGAAGCGCUGAAUAUAAAUGCCUCAAAAAGAACUACAAUCAAGUUUCCAUAUUUGAUGUAUAUUAAUGGACUUCUUUUAAAAAUCCUCCUGCAUAAACAUGGUUUGAAGAUAUCUAUGAAAUUGCCAUCUCAUUUCAUGGGACUGAUAUUUACAAAAAAGUUUAGCAUCUGCAGAAAGAAGUCAUCUGUCUCUUGAAACUUGUCUGUAUGAACAGCUUAACAUUCCCUAUUUGGAUAACUAAUAAUUUAAGGAUGUUUUAUGAAUUGGAUCUUCCUAACAAAGUUUAAUUAGAAAAUAAAUAAGUGCAAUGCAA